UGGAAAGAGAAUCAAGAGCCUCUACCCUGUGCCACGACAGCCAAAUUUCAGGGUGAGGCGCUAGGUCGGUGGUGGUUGUGCCCGGGUGCUGCUGCAGCAUCUUUUAGGGGAAAGGAGAGCAAGAGGAAAGCGGAGCGUCUCGGAGCAUCCUGCAGCAGUGCGCCAUGCCCAUCGCUCGCCCCACUGGCCGCAUCCCCGAAGCUGCUUGGACUUCUGGCAUCAGAGAGCUAACAGAGCCCUGGAAAGGUGCUUUGGGCUGCCUCGGCGUGGCUGUCUUCUUCGCCAUGACUAUCGGCAUCAUCUCCUGGCAGGCCUUGGAGCAGCCCCUGGAGGAGUGGAUGCUGCGAGGCCAGGCAAGUGGGAUGCUGUGGGAUCGCCGCCGUGGUGCCCUGCUCCUGCGGGCGCUGCCGAUGGGACGGCCACUGGUGUCCAUCACAGUGGGUAGCGUGCCAGCCUCAGAGCUACCUCCACCGCGGGAUCGGUGCUGGCAGGACGGCACAGAGUUCUGCUAUGCAUGGGAGGAGGAGGCCGAGCUCCACAUCUCGCUCCAACCCAUCCCAGCCCCUGGCACCGAGUGCUAUAGUGUCCGCUGGACCCCGCUGCGCCCCGAUGUGGUGCUGAAGGAUUGCUUCUCCAUGGUCAAUGUCUCAUGGUACGGAGGUGCGAGCCUCUGUGCCCAGCGCUGGCCCCUCAACGGUGCUGAGAGUCCUGAGCAGCCCUUUGUCAGUGGAGAUUUCAGCAAAAACCCCACUGGGUAUGGCCCUGUGCUGGAGAGAUACUUCUUAGGAUCAACAGGAGUGACAGUGACAGUGGCACCUGAUGUGUCCCUGGUCCUCUCGCUGGAGAGCCAUUGGCAUUUCUGCCUGGGAGGAGCUGGAGGCCCCCUGCACUACGUCCUCUGCAUCAGCCCCAACAUCACGACCGCACACCGGCACAUGGGCGCCCAGCUGGCAGGGCCAACACGGGCACUGCCUGAUACAACCCUGCUGUGGUCUCCUAUCUGGCAGUAUGAUGAUCCAGUGGGUUCUGCUGCCAAAAUUAAGCGGGGUCUGAGGUCGCUGGCCAGGAGACUGAAGCGGCAUCACAUGCAAGAGGGAGUCCUGGCCCUGGGGGAGCAUGGCACUGCUGCACUUGCCACCAUGGAUCACGUGCCUGUAGAGCGAAGGAAGAGGCAUGGCACACCCCAUGUCUGGGACCCAGCAAUGAUCUUCCCGCUGCGGCUCUCCAUCACUCUGUCCCCCUACGCCAGCAUCGCUGCCCCACUCUUCCUGCACUUGCUGCGGGAUGGUGAGACCGGCUACUGGCUGAGCCUGCAGCCCCGCUAUGGGGGCUGCUCGAUCCCGUUGCUGACAACAUGGAAGGGACAGCUUUGUGCCCGCCUGAACAUCACCAAUGAGGCAGCACUGAGCUGGUACUUGUCCCGUGCCCGGGGCCUGCGGCACAAGUUGGGUGCCACGUACAUGAUCUUUGAGGGCGCUGAGGGUAAUGCCUUCCUGGAGCAAGCUAUGUCCCCUCCUGCUGAGCUGGCUGGUGACCAAUACGCUGAGAUGCUGGCAGCAGCACUGGUGACACUAGGGAAUGCCACUGUCAUCAGCGUCGGUGCCAGAUCUAGUCACCUACCGCUCUUUGUCCAGAUGAGCCCGCUGCACUCAGACUGGAGCCACGCUGGACUGAAGGGGUUAAUUCCCUCUGCACUGCACUACAGCCUUUUGGGCUACAACUUCUUCAUCCCUGAUGCAGUGGGAGGCAGCCUGGCUGGUGACACCCCAGGGGACCCGGAGCUGUAUGUGAGGUGGUUGCAGAUUGUGACGUUCCUCCCUGUGAUGGCCUUUGGCACACCACCCUGGCUCUGCUGUGACUACUGGGUUCUGAAUCUUACCCGGCAAUGCAUACAGAGGCACAGGAAUUUUGUGGUGCCACUCAUCAUAAAAUACAGCAAGGAAUGGCUUAGUUCAGGGUACCCUAUCUUCCGCCCGGUGUGGUGGCUCAGUCCCACGGACCCAACUGCUUUCACCGUUGAGGAUGAAUUUCUCAUUGGAGAUGAGGUCCUGGUGGCUCCAAUAACAGAAAAAGGGCAAACAUGGCGAGAUAUCUACCUGCCUGGAGAAGGGUGCCGGUGGCAGGACACCAGCAGUGAUCGUGUGUUUGAUGGAGGCACUGUCCUCAGGAACUACUCUGUCAGCCUUGAAGAGGUGCCAGUUUUUGUAAAGACCUCCUAAAUUCAGAUUGUCUCGGGUUUAAAGAAGCUGAUCACCUUCAGCACUGGCCAAAUGUGGUCUGCUCUUCCUUAAAGAUGUUUCAGCCUAUUUGCACUUUUCCAAGACUACUUUUUUUAUUAUUUCAGCAAAAAUUCUUUGAAUCAUUUAUUAUUUGCUGCUAUUCUUAAACAACACCAAUACAGCUUGGGCACAAAUAUACAUCCACACCACAUCCACUUAAACCUUUCUGGGGUUUUCCCAGAUAUUUGUGUGUAUGCAAUUGGACAGGCUCAUCCAGCCCUCACAAUAGUGGAUUUUCCAGAAUCUGAUAGAAAUGAACAUCACCUACUGGUAUGGGAUUUAUGCAUUUAAAGACAAGUUUACACAAAGGAAAUGACAGUACUAUUGAUGUGCAUGGACAUCACAUGCUAAAUGCUACCUUUUUCUCUCAUCUGAUGCUGCAAAUGGGCCUCCAAAAGAGCUUUUGGUGGUGAGUGACUUGGAUGAUAAUUGGAAAACGAUGUGAAUUUCAGUGAGUUUCUUUUGAAGAGCAACUCAGUCAAGCAAAGUAGAAUGUCUAAUAGAGCCUGAUGUGGAUGGACAGGAUGGCUGCUCACUUCGGGAUAAAGAAUCCAGGACCCAGCAUCCCAUGCAUUACCUAUAAGGCAAACUCCAGCGUGCCUGAUCCACUACUCCACUAAUUGUCGAAUUUUAUGCUUUUUCUCAAUUAUUUCUUGAGGUACGAGUGGGAACCAUUGGAUCCAGCCUGUCCAGUAGAAAAUUUUUGGAUGGUGCUGUGUGGAGCCAGGAGUUCCUUAUAGAUCCCUUCCAACCUGGGAUAUUCUGUGAUCUUCAUGGGCAAAGUAGAUGUUAGAAAUGUUGAAUAAGCACCGAAGUGGAUUAUGCUAGCUCUUCAGAUAACCCAAGAUACAGAGUAGCACAUGGAUGAACAGAGAGAAGGUUUUGGAGGCUUGCAUCUGAGUUAACAGAUCACAAUCUGUGGGAAAAUAAAGGCCCUGUUUUGGUUCACUCACUUGGUUUGAAGCAAAACCCAGUGUGCUGAAUCUUUGUUUAGGAUAAAGCCCUAAAUCUUACUGGCUUCAGAUGGAUAGAAAAUGUGGAGCACAGGUUUCUGUGCACAGAUUAAAUCACUGCAAAUCCCAAUGGUGCUGGCAUCUUUCUCCAGACUUUCCUCAAACUCAAACUGAAAACUCUAUCAGUUUUUGCUAUGCUUGGCCUCUGAAAAAUCACUAACUUGAAUCCAGGCAAGAGGCUGGCUGAAGAUUAAAAUAAUAACAAUAAAUAAAAAGCUCACACAUGAUGCAUGUUUAAAAAAUAGAACACCACCAUGUGAUGUAACAAAGUCAGUAGCCAAUUUGUUUCUGACUGUUAAUAGGGUAGGCCAUGUUUCUAGAGAGAAUUUUGCAUAAUUUGAGUUUCCUGCUCUGUGAUGCUGAUGUGCUGGGGUAUUUUGUGAAUGGGCUGUUUCCACGUUACAAAGGGUGCUGUCAUGUCAUUGCCA